UACUGAUCACAACUUACAUGUACAAUUUCCAAAAACCAAUCGUAUCCUAAAAAUUUCUCAAUUAUAGUUAGUGUGACUCAAACUUUUGACCUAUCAAUUGAAAGUAGAAACGACAUGGCUUUUAAGCACUUAACUUCACCAAUUUUGGUUCUUUCAUGGUUGUUGAUCGCGUCUUAUCGGACUGUUGAAGGGCAAAUAAUCAGUACGCCAUGUACAGGAUCAAUGAUAACUAGUUUUACACCUUGUGUGAAUUUCUUGACGAGUAGCAGCAGCAAUGGGACUUCACCAACUGAAGAUUGCUGCAAUGCACUGAGAACUAUGAUGACCAACAGCACCAAUUGCCUCUGCCUUAUUGUAACGGGAGGCAUUCCCUUCCAAAUGCCGAUGAAUCCCAACAUAGCUAUGUCUCUUCCUCGUGCUUGUAACAUGCCUGGUGUUCCCCUCAAAUGCAAAGCCCCCAGUCCACCUACGGUUGUUGCGCCAGGUCCACGUAGUGAUGCUGGAUCUCCAAGUGCUUCACCAACAGCUGCUCCUACUAGCGCUCCUCGUAAUCCUAAAGAUUCCACUGUUUCCCCGCCAUCGCCAUUGAAUUCAUCGCCACCGGGUGAUGAAAUUCCAAGUCUAACUCCACCAUCUCCGCCGGUGGAUUCUUCAACUCCGGCGACAAAUUCUGGCAGUCAAACUCCGGUUACACCAUCAGCUGCACCUACUCUUGGUUAUGGAAUUUCAUCAUUAUUGGCUGCUUUUGGAGCAAUUGUUUUGAGCUUGUAUUAGUAGAAUUUGAUAUAUGACUACAAAUCUAUUAAUUAAAAUAUAUUCCUUUAUUUAUGUGGGGGAUGAGGUUAUAGCAUUUAUUUUCAUAUUUUGUAACGAAAUUACCAGAAUUAUUCAUUAGUGACGACGUAGAUGUUGUAUAGAAACAUAAGAACAUAGUGU